GGCUGGCUUGACGAGCUAAGACAAUGUCUGCCUUCUGGGAGGCUCUCAUUGUGCUCAGGGCAGUGAAGUAAACGGAAGGACAAUUCUUUCCUUGUAUAUGUCAAGGCUAGGUGGUAGGUGGGUUGUUCUACCAGGGCGCUAAGGCCUGGGAACACGAGCUAACACGGGAAGGACAUUUGCACAAACAUGGAUUUCAGUUUCAUCUGAGGUCAUUCAGACCAUGAGAAUUAAGUAAACAAUUAGCCUUUGUGCUGAUUGCUCUAUAUUUUGCUGCUACUCCGUGCUGACGAAAUCCAACCAGCUCGAAACAGCUGUCCACGGUUGCAUCUUAGCUUUCAGUCCGGAUUUAGGAUCCCUGAAAAUGUACUGAGUGACUGCGAAAAAUUGUGCAGACAGACUAUCAGUAAUAAACAAAAAUCCCUCACCACACAAAAUGUUAGUCAAAUUGACGAUACGAGACAGCUACGAGACAACUGUGCAGCAUUUAGCCUUGAUUUAUCCGAAAUGUUAACUUUAAGGCCUCUGCAAUUUCGUCUGGCACCCAGGUUUAGCCACGCGACUAGUUCAAUGUCUGAGAUUGGGUACUAGUUCAGAGAGCGUGACUUCUUCUGUCACAGCCGUCACAGCUCACACAAACAUCUCAGAAAAAUGGCAUCUAACAACUCGAGUUUUGAUCGCCAUGCCGACACAAGUGAUGCCAAUGAUGCAGAAGAAUCGUUCGUUAGAAUAGAACCAUUCUCUUCUGAUAAUCUGGUAAGCAUGCGAUCAUCGAAGCGUCAAGGAAAUCGAGCACCAAUUUCACUUCAUCCGCCAUGUUCUUCACCAACUUUCGAUCAACACACUCGAUUACCUGCUCGCAGUCGUUCCAGGAAGAAACGUUUGGUCGGUAAAAAUGGAUCUCUUAAAGUGUCAGCCAGGAAUGUACCAAGGAAAACGAAGCUGUACUUCGCUGAUAUAUUCACUACAAUGAUUGAUCUUCACUGGCCAUGGGUGAUCUUGAUAUUUUGUGGUUCGUAUGUGCUGUCCUGGAUUCUGUUUGGUUUGAUAUGGUGGCUUCUUAUUGCGGUGCGAGGACCGUCUGUUUGUGCUACGGAGGUUUACGAUUGGGUAUCUGCUUUUCUUUUUUCAAUCGAAACGGAGCAAACAAUUGGCUAUGGAAGCAGAUCAAUAACAAGCAAAUGUCCUGAAGCUGCAAUCGUAUUGCAAGUGCAAUCUCUAGUUGGAUUAAUUUUAGAUGCAUUCAUGCUUGGUUUGACUUUUGCUAAGUUGUCUCAGCCUCGAGAACGCAUGAAGACUGUGAUGUUCUCAGAUUAUGCAGUCAUAGCACCAAGAGAUGGCAAAAUGUGUCUGAUGUUUAGAGUGGGAGAUGUUCGGAAGAGUCAAAUUGUCGAUGCAUCCAUCAGGAUGCAGCUUUUCAGGAAGUGGACAACCGCAGAAGGAAGGGAAGUCCCUUUCUAUCAGGAAGAUCUCAAAGUGUGCUACGAUUGGCGGAACCCUGACAAUGACUUCAGAAAUCAGCUC